UUAUAGCAGGAGCCAAAGGUCUGUUGUGGUCUCAGAGCCCGCGGAGCCAGCAGGGAGCAGGGCAGCAUCCCUGAGCGAGCCCCACAGCGCAGGUCCCUUUGGCAGGAUGGCCUGGCGCCCGCUGCUGCUGCUGCCCUUGCUCUUGGUGGCGGUUUCAGGGAACACAGCCCCGAGGUUCAGCAUCACCAUCGCCUAUGUGCCCGAGGACCUGGCCGUGGGAGCCUGGGCCUUCCAGCUGACGGCUUUCGACGCCGAUGGUGACCCAUUAUCCUAUGGCAUGAAUGGGCAGGACGCCUACUAUUUCUCUGUCAACGCCAUGACGGGCGAUGUGCUGCUGGCGGCCUCUCUGGACCGUGAGACAAAAGAGAAACUCAGUGUCACCAUCACAGUGACAGACAUGAUCAACACCGAGCUCCUGAGCGGUGGGAGAGCCGCCAUGCGGGGGCGCUGGGGUGCACAGGGCGCCGUUAGCCGGGGAGCCUACUCCAGCUGCACUCACAGAAAUCACAGACCCAAGGGUGCUGAGGGGCUGGGGCGGAAGGUGCUGAGACCCCCAUGGCCUCAGUGGGCGCCAUCCCCCAGGGGAAGGUCCCUGAGUGCAGGGGCCGUGUCUGGCAAGUGGCUCUGGCCAGUCCCGGCUGGCGACGCGCCCCCAGGGCCCCAUUCCCCAGCCCGCUUGGCCAGUGGGCACCCAGCCCUCAGCUCUCCUCCACCCUCAUGCCCAGAUGCCAGCAUGCCGUUUGCUAUCGACCUCGCCACGGGCACCAUCACGGUGCGCAGCGCCCUGGACAGAGAGCAGCUGUCCAGCGACGAGGUGGUGCUAGAGGUGCUGGCGCAGGAGGAGAAGCUGGAUAUCUACGGGCAGGUGGCUCAGGCCAGCACCACGGUGACCGUCCAGGUGACCGAUGUCAACGACAACACACCCCAGUUCUACGACUGCGAGCUCCCCGCCUGCGACUUCACUGCCAGCCCCCAGAGCCGCUUUGGGGGCUCCCUCGAGGAGCAUUCCUCUGCCGGGGUGCCUGUGCGUGACCUCCACAUUGUGGCCCACGACCCUGACAAGGGCUCCAAUGGCACCUUUGAGCUGCAGCUGCAGGGCCCGGCCGCCGCCUCCUUCUCCGUCUCGCCCACGAGGAUCACGGGCACGGGGGCGGUGCAGGUCCUGGUGAAGCACCCCAGCACCGUGGAUUACGAGCAGGUUCCUGUGAUGACAGUGGAGAUCGUUGCCAGCGACACCAGGAACCCCGGGAACUGCUGCUCCAUCACCACAGUGACCAUCCAGCUGCUUGACAUCAACGACCACAGCCCGGAGUUCAAUCAGAGCACGUACUGGCUGCAGGUGCCGGAGAACAGCCCAGCGGGCACCGUCAUCUCCACCAUCACGGCCACUGACCUGGACAGCGGUGGCUUUGGCAGGAUCACCUACAGGCUGCUGCCCGAGAGCAUGCUGCACAUCUUUGCGGUGAACGCCAGCAGCGGGGAGGUGCUGGUGCGAAACGGCAGCUUGCUGGACCGUGAGACCCGCACACCCUAUUCCGUCACCCUGCAGGCCGUGGACGGGGGGAACAUGACUGGCUCCACCUUCCUCGAGAUCACCCUGCAGGACGUCAACGACAACGCCCCAGUCAUCAGCGGCUCCUACAACAUCUUCAUCAACGAGGAGCAGGAGAACAUCAGCGUCCAGAUCCAGGCCUUUGACAACGACGAGCCCGGCACCAACAACAGCCGCCUGCGGUUCCAGCUGGAGCCCGGGGCCUUCAGCGCCAACUUCACCAUCGACCCCGCCACGGGGGUGCUGCGCAGCCUGGGGGCACUGGACCGCGAGGCCCUGGAGCCGGCGCUGAAGGGGAAGGUGGUGGUGACCGUGCGGGUGCACGACCUGGGCGUGCCACAGCUCAGCUCCCUCGUCAACGUCACUAUCACUGUGGAGGACGUGAACGACAACGCGCCCGUGUUCCUCAACGAGUCCUACGCGUUCUCUGUGCGGGAGGGCCUGUCAGGCGCCUUCGUGGGCAGCGUGGAGGCGGAGGACGCGGACCAGACCGAGGUCCAUCACCGAAUCUCCUUCCAGUUGGUCAGCAGCACCGGCUCCAGCAACUUCCUGCUGCGCUCCAUCCGCCUGGGCCCUGGGCACUACCAGGGCAACCUGUCCCUGGACCCCGACGUGGCGCUGGACUACGACCGGCUCAGUCCGGCGCGCUUCACCCUGACGGUGCAGGCGGAGAACACGGGCACCGGCGACGCCCUCAACGCGGUGCCCUGUACGGUGCAGGUGCAGGUGCUGGACGUGAACGAUGAGCCGCCCACCCUGGUGCCGGCCUCGCCGCAGGACGUGAGCGUGGCCGAGGACGCCAAGCCAGGGCUGCUCACUACCCUGCAGGCCUCCGACCUGGACACCAACCACUCGCUGCACUUCCAGGAGCUGGGCCUGGCCUGCUACAAGGGCGCGGGGACCGCAGGCCGCGUGUGCCAGGACUGGUUCUACCUGGAGCCCAACGGCUCCGUCUUCCUCAACAGCUCGCAGCUCGACUACGAGGCCUGCGACCGGGUGACCAUCGCCCUGCGUGUGGAGGACACACACACCGAGGAGGGCAACCCCUACAGCAACAACGCAACGCUGAGGGUCCUGAUCAGUGACGUGAACGACAACAGCCCGGAGUUCCUGCGCAUCAACGACACCUUCGUUGUGGUCCCUGAGGUCUCCCCCGUGGAUCUGCCGGUGGCUGUGGUCAAGGCCAGGGACGCCGACUCGGGGCCACGCGGAGCCAUCACCUUCAGCAUCUCCAAAGUCCUGUUCCUCCAGGACAACGGGCCCUCCCACACUCUCACCAGUGUCUUCAAGGUGGCGACGGCGGCUGAGGGGGACCUCUACGUCGGCAGCAUCCAAGUUGCAAGCAACCUGGAUGGGUCGGUAAAGGGCCGGUACCAGGUGACGGUGGAGGCCAAAGACAGCGGGACGCCGUCGCUCAACUCCUCGGCCGUGCUGGACAUCUUCACCGUGGACCAGAGCUACCGGGUCAGGCUGGUGUUCUCGACCUCCGUGAACGAAGUGCAGGAGAACUCGGACAGGAUCAAAGCGGCUCUGACGGUGGCGACCAGGACGACGGUGUAUGUGGCAGUGAUCCAGUCCGCGGCGGAUGCGCAGUCCAGAUCGUCCAGGGCCCAGGAGAAGUCUGUGAUGGAGGCGUACUUCGUGUACAGCAACGGGACAGCCCUGGGGGUGAACGAGCUUAGCAUACUGGUCCAGAGCAACUCGCAGGCGCUGAGCGAGCUGAUCCAGUUGGGACUCACCAUUAUUGGCCCCGGGACAGUGGUGGAGCCCAAUAAGGAGAACGAGCUGGUUGGCAUCAUCGCAGGGCUGGCUGGGGGCCUGGUGCUGCUGCUCCUCGUCAUGACGCUGGCCUUGCUGGCCACCAGCCGGAGCUACAGGAGGAAGCUGAAGGCCAUGAAAGCGCUGAAGGUGGCGUCCACGCUGACAGCCAACGUGGCACAGCAGGGGCCGACCAUCCCCGGGACAAACAAAUACAACGCUGAGGGGGCUAACCCCGUGCUCAAUCUCAUGUUGGACGCCCCUGCGGACCUGGGCUUUGACGAGGACUCCAACUCCGACGCCGCCAGCCUGAACUCGCUGGACGAAAACAUCGUGGAGAACCUGGCGGAGGGCAGCCCUGGUGCCCCGGAGCUGCAGCUGGGCUGGGCGGGGGCUCCGGCACAGCUGGGCGGCUGUGAGGAGCCCCUGACGGCCGCCCUGCAGGGCCACCGCACGACUCCGGCUAGCGAGCCGGCUCGGCGACCGGGAGACCCCAACAAGGCAACCUUCACCUUCAGCAACCCCUGCCUGGACACCACGGACCUGUGAGAGCCCUCGGCUGGCUCUGGGGAGGAGCAGCCACAGCACAGCGGGACUCGUGUGGCAGCUCCCCGUGGAGUGCUGGAGCUACCUGCUGGCUCUGUAAUGGUCCCGUCCCCGCCAAUAAACCUGCCCAGCCUGGGGCUGGCAGUCCCCCUU